CACCACUGGACACACAGACACACCACUGGACACAACCAUCACUGCAAUGACAGACAUGGAUGACGGCUCACUCAAGCAGUCCAUCGACCGCUAUAUGGACACCAAUGACCACUUCCGCCAAGACUUACAACUAUUGCAGCAAUCAUUGGACACGAGUGACAGAAAGUCGGUGUUUGGGUUCAGUCACCAGUUGGACAUCAAUGCCAUCACCUCUCAAGACAAUGCCCAUUUCAGUGACUUCUUGAGCCAAAAGGCCGACGAUUUCGCGGAACUGUUCCACAAACGACUUCGAAGACGAGUCGGUAAGCGAGCGCUCAGUGGACACAAGAUUUGGUUUUGUCUCAAAUACAAGAACUUAUCGCAAAAAUACCACUACAAGACAUACAAAGAGGUGAACAAAAGCAAAAGCCAACUCUUGUCCAUCGAUUGUCUGCAAAUCGUGUCAAUGAGUCAUCCGAUGAAGGCAUUGAUCGCGAAACUGAGGACAAAGGAUGGCGAAGACGAGUGGAAAGUGCGGCCAUUGAGUGACACGAACGCACACUUCAGCAGCAGAUCUCUUGGAUCUGUUGGCACGAGUGAUGACCACUUCUGCAGCAGAUCUCUUGGCACCAGUGAUGACCGCAUUUACGCCAAUAAACGCCAACUUCUGGUGGUUGUGGGCAAAGACUGGACCAAAUGUGCUCUCAAUCCCAUCCAAAUCACCAUCAAUUACAUGGCGUUCACCGACACUGAGAUGGCAGCCAUUUAUAACGGAUCCCAUCUCCAGAAGGUUGUCCUCAUGAGAUACCAUUCAACCGAUUAUAUGCUGUUAUCGUUCGACAAGAUGUGUCCGUCCAUUAGACACGCCUUUCCACUCGACCGA